CUGCAAGAAAACUUGCCACAAAAUUUCUCUCGCGCCAGAACCGUUGACAGCCAAACUAAUGCGAUCCAGGACGAUGUUGAAACACGUCAAUAGUCGCGCGAAUGGCAUGCUGAAGAAUUUGAAAGUUAAUUUCAAGGCAGGAAAGCUGAAGACCUCCCUGAGGCUCGCCGAGGAUCUGCUGACGUUAUCUUCCGGCAUGGAGGAUUCACGUCGACACGGAAUAACGGCACAUCGGUACUUGUCUCUGAUCCACACGGCAUUGAGAAGGCACGAUCGAGCGUGCAGCAAUGUCGCCAUGAUGGUGCGGCUGUCGAAGAGCACCAACGACGUCGUACUGCUGUCGCAAGCUCUCGUGACCCUGGCCGAGGUGCAUCUCAGCUUCGGACAUCUGGAAGCCGCCGCGCGCGCUUUGGAAAACCUGUCGGCCCAUGUCGACCAUCCGGUACCGCGUGCCUGGGUGCAUCACGAAAUUGGACGCUGCCAUUUAGAGACGGGGAAGUACGUGAAGGCGUUGCGCAAGGCGACGCAGUGUCGGGAGUGCGCGGAGGAGGCGAGCUCGAAGAAGUGGACCUUCCACGCCGACCUGCUGCGGGCGCAGUGCCUGGCGAUGCUGGGUCGUUUCGCCGAGGCCCUCGAGAAGCUACGAAUCGCCGCGAAGAUCAGCGAGGAGGAGGGUGACACACCAAUGCUGUCUUACAUUCGAGAUCUAAUCGAACAGCUGAAUCGUGCUCUACGCGAAGUCACGUUCGCCGAGGAUCGAUGCUCCAGAAGUAUUCCUCGAAGGUUAUCGCCGCGUCGCGAAGAGCCAGGAUUAUCCAGGGAGGAAGACGAGGCGAUAACAAGUUCGGGAAUUACGAGAAUGACGCCCGGCUACGGCGCUUUAACGCCGUCAUUCUACUCCGACUGUCCGGAGGACGGUAUUCUCGAUCGGCGCGAGAUAGAGUCGAACUCGAGUUCGCUGGACAGUGCCGCAUCCUGCAGAAGCAAAAGGACCAACUUGACAUACGUGAUCGACUCUCGCACGGACAUUUCGCACAGAAGCAAGCUCGACGGAAUGAGGAUAUGCGACGACGAACUUUUGUCACGCGACUCGCACACGACGUUCCGAACGUGUUGCAAAGAGUCCGGGCACUUCAUCGACGAAGACAAAGGGUCGGUCUGUUUAAAACAGCGAAUCGGAACGUGCUCCAGUAAUGACGGCACGAGCGUCGGACAAGCUGAACGCGAGGCAUUCAGGAUUUCGAGAUCCUGCGAGGAUAGACGGUGUAACUUUGACACCGUUAUUGGCAGGGUACGUAACGACGCCGCCGCUGAAAUGUCACACGAUCAUUCGUCACUCGACGAAACGGAAAAAUCGGACAAUGAGGACGAGUUCUUCGUUCGUGGAGCGUUUUCCAAUUUCGAAGUAUCUACCUAAAGCUAUACUCGCUGAAACUCGAGGAAGGGUGUUUGAAAUUACGCUCUACAAUGAAAUUGUUAUGAAAAAUC